AUGGGUUUGUUUUUAGCAAAGCUCGCUGAUGUGAUGCAGAGUUUCUCAAGUGGAACGCCCUCCCGGAUACUGAUGCUGGGCCUGGAUGCAGCAGGUAAAACAUCGGUCCUGUACAAGAUCAAACUAAACGAGAACGUGUGUACCAUCCCGACGAUCGGGUUUAACGUGGAGGAGGUAUCCCCGUGUAAGGGUGUGUCCUUUACCGUAUGGGAUGUCGGCGGUCAGGAGAAAAUCCGAGCACUCUGGAGACAUUACUAUCAAAACACAGAAGGUUUGGUGUUCGUCGUAGAUAGCAAUGACAGAGAAAGAAUCGAUGAAGCACGCGAGGAGCUGUUUGGUAUACUAGACAAUGAUGAGAUGAGAGGCGUUCCGGUGGUUGUGCUUGCAAACAAACAGGAUCUCCCAUACGCCAUGAAAACUUCGGAAAUUGCCGAGAAGAUGUGUCUGACGAAACUGAGCGGACGGAAGUGGUUUGUACAGGGUACAUGCGCAACGACAGGUGAAGGAUUAUACGAAGGCAUGAAAGAAAUGGCAAGGCUCUCAAAAGAAAACAAGCAGAACUACAGAUGAAAGAGCGAUGAUAAUAUCCAGAUACUGUUUCUGGAUAUAAAGUUCUUCGUAC